ACACACCACACACUCACAUGCCGGACUUCUCCAAACUUCAGCCAUGUUUUUACAGUACUUACUUACGCUUGAUUUUAUGAGCUGGUUGAUAGGAAUUUUUCUUUUCCUGCUGCUUGUCGACAUCAUCAAGAAUAAAAAUCCAUCUAAUUUUCCGCCAGGACCUCGUCCUCUGCCAUUUGUGGGGAAUAUCUUCACUGGGCUUGACUUCAAAAACAUAGACAAACUCGCUGAGGAGUAUGGGGAGAUUUUCAGCCUGAGAUGGGGCAGUGAGAAAAUGGUGUUUAUCUCUGGAUACAAAAUGGUGAAGGAGGCCCUCGUCACUCAGCUAGACAGCUUUACUGACCGUCCUAUCAUCCCUCUGUUUCAUAAAGUCUUCAAAGGAAUUGGUAUCUCCCUCAGUAACGGGUACCUGUGGAAGAUGCAGAGAAAGUUUGCCAACACACACCUGCGGCAUUUUGGUGAGGCAAAGAAGAAUCUUGAGCUGAGUAUCCAGCAGGAGAGUGUCUUUCUGUGUGAAGCUUUCAAAGAGGAAAAAGAUCCUUUUGACCCUCAGUUCUACGUGAACAACGCCGUCUCAAACAUCAUCUCUGCUCUAGUAUUUGGCCAUCGCUUUGAAUAUCAUGAUGAGCGUUUCCUUACUGUCUUGCGACAGGAUGCUGAAGCCAUCCUAUUGGCAGGUUCUGCACGGGCUCAGCUGUACAACGCCUUUCCACGUCUCUUUGAAUAUGUUCCUGGCCCUCACCAGAAGAUUUUUGCUAACUAUGGCAAAAUUAUAGAUUUCCUAACUGAUGAAAUCAGAAAGCACAAGGAGGACUUUGAUCCCUCAGACCCACGGGACUUCAUAGAUGCUUACCUGGUAGAAAUGGAGAAGAAAAACAGUGACCCUGAAGCUGGCUUUAACAUUGAGACAUUAGUAAUGGCUACACUGGACAUGUUUGAGGCAGGGACAGAAACCGUGGCCACAACGAUACGGUGGGGUCUCUUCUUCAUGAUGAAAUACCCAGAGAUACAGACGAAGGUACAAGAGGAGAUAAACAGAGUGAUCGGGCAGUCACGUCAACCCUGCAUGACUGACAAACCCAACAUGCCCUACACUGACGCGGUCAUCCAUGAGAUACAAAGAGCAGGCAACACUGUGCCUCUGGGUUUCCCUAAAAGUGCCAGUAAAGAUGUAACACUGGGAGGAUACUUCAUACCAAAGGGCACUGCAGUGACUACAAACCUGUCAUCUGUGCUUAGCGACAAGACCGAGUGGGAAACACCGAACACAUUUAACCCAGGACACUUUCUUGAUGAUCAAGGCCAAUUCCGCAAGAGAGAGGCCUUUCUACCCUUUUCAGCAGGUAGGAGGGUGUGUGUAGGGGAACCGCUGGCGCAUAUGGAGCUCUUCUUGUUCUUCACCUCACUUCUACAACGCUUUACAUUCACCCCAGGCCCAGGAGAGAAGCUGAGCCUGGAGGGCCUGCUGGGUUUCACAUACGCCCCCAGCCCUUACCUCAUGUGUGUGAUUCCACGCUGAACUCCCAUACACAAAAAAAGAUAUACUGACAAAAAGGAUAAAUUUAAGGUUUAUAUAUAUAUAUAUAUAUAUAUACACACCCCGGAGAAGCGGAAGAU